CUUUCCAUUUGUUGCAACUCUUCAGCGCAUUCCGCCGGCUCUAGUUGUCCCACGUCGCGUCGCGUGUAGUCCAUUUGCACCCGCGCUGAUUCGCUCACUGGGCAGGUGGAGAUGAAUGCACUUGUUGCAGCACACGACUAGGAGACCAACACUGCCAUGGCUGGGUCAGCGACGCCCGGCGGAGGCCCUCCUCCACCGCCUGCAGGGCCGCCGACACAGAAAGUCAGCGACGUCAUAACAAGCUUCCGGCCUCAGAGGCGCUUCAAAUCUGGCGGCCAGGGCACCGCCGUCACCUCGCUCGACUUUGACGACUCGGGCGAGCUAGCCAUUGUCGCACGCGACGACGACACGCUCCAGAUCUACAAUUGCAAAGAAGGCAAGCACGCCAAGGAGCUCAAGAGCCAGAAGUACGGCGUGCAUCUGGCGCGCUUCAGUCACCAUGCGCAGAGCAUAAUCUAUGCCAGUACAAAGGUCGACGACACCAUCCGCUUCCUCUCCACACACGACAACUCGUACAUCCGCUACUUCAAGGGCCACAGCGACACCGUCACCUCCAUCGCCCUGUGUCCGUCCAAGGACGAUUUCAUAAGCUGCUCAAAGGACAACACGGUGCGCCUGUGGAAUCUGCAAUCGCCAAACUAUGUAGGUCUGCUUAACCUCCAUGGACCCUACCUUGCUGCCUACGAUCCUUCUGCCACCGUCAUUGCCAUCGCCUCACCACCUACACAAAACGUCCUCCUUUACGAUAUGCGCAACUACGACAAGCCGCCCUUUGCAACAUUCGACAUCCUCGACAUGGAGCAGCGCUUCAUGGGAGGCCAGAAGGUCGACUGGACCAAGAUUGAGUUCACCAAUGACGGCAAGAGUUUGAUCAUUGCGACAAACGGAAGCGGCCACUUCGUCCUCGACGCCUUCUCAGGUGACUUGACACAUUUCUGCUACCGCAAAACUGGCUCCUCGGGGCGUCUCCCACCCAGCGCCUCCACUACAAAUACCACGGGCGCCAAGCCCGAUGGUCAUACUCCGGCAAAUGGACAGGGCGAUGUGUGCCUUACGCCAGAUGGCAAGUUCCUGAUUGGAGGCAGUGGAGAAGAUGGCCUCCUAGUCUGGGACAUUUCCAAGCCACCAACGCCAAAUAAUAUGCUUGAGCCUAUGGAGAAGCUUCCAGGACAGGGCAAGAGCGCUGUUGUCGGUUACAAUCCGAGGACCAACCUGCUGGCGACUGCGGAUAAGGAUCUAUAUCUUUGGCAGCCGGAUCCCGAUCUCAUGAUCUGAAAGAAAAAAGGGUCCCAGUUCGUUAUAAAGAAUGAAGCAUGGCUGGAUAUAAGCUUGGGCAACAAGAGAAGCAAGGAUAGGAUAGGCACGUUGCCUGACCAAGGAGCAAAACAUGAGACACCCAUGCGCCCCUCCGCCCAUUUCUCGCCUAAGAAAAUCGAGAGAGCAAACAUGUGUACUCAAACAUGUGUAGUCUGCAAGUCGACUACAAUGUACAAUAAACCGGGGGAGAUACUGAAAUGCGAACGGGUGACCGAAAGAGUAAACUUGGUCACAGACAAUGAUUGUGUAGCGAACAU